UUUUAUUUUGACAGCGGUCCCGCCGGAAGUGGUGUUUGUUGUUGUUUGCCCGUGCUGAGCAGCGGGAGCGGUGAGGAGAGAAGCCGUUAGCUGAAUCCAGAUCAGGGAAUCCCAAACAGCGUUUCUUAGUCUGUUCAUCAGAGAUGGAGCGACACCGGGAACACACGGAGGAGACCAAGCUGCGGGGAGAAGCUUUACCUCCAGAUGUUCUGAAAGUGAUUGUUGGUGAAGAGGAGCAGCAGGAGUGUAGCUCCAGUGUGGACCAGCAGGAACCAGAGCCCCCCACACACAUUAAAGAGGAACAGGAGGAACUGUGGAGCAGUCAAGAGGGAGAGCAGCUUCAAUGGCUGGAGGAGGCUGAUAUCACCAAGUUCCCAUUCACUCAGUGUGGGAAAAGAUUUGGCUUCAAGGGAAGUCUGAAUAGACACAUGGUAACUCACACAGGAGAGAAACUUUUUAGCUGCUCAGUCUGUAAGAAAUCUUUUACACGGAGUGAAAAUUUACGGCCACACAUGAGAACUCACACAGGAGAAAAACCUUUCAGCUGCUCGGUCUGUAAGAAAUCGUUUACACAGAGAGGAGAUUUACAGAGACACAUGAUGACUCACACAGGAGAGAAGCCUUUUAGCUGCUCAGUCUGUAAGAAAUCUUUUACACAGAGUGCACAUUUACGGUCACACAUGGUAGUCCACACAGGAGAGAAAAGAUUCAGCUGCAGUGUUUGUAACCGAAGAUUUGCCCAGCGGUCUAAUUUCAAAACGCAUAAAUGUGUUGGUCCGAUGGUAACAGAAGCUGAUGGAGAGGACUGUGAUGGACCAGAACCAGCCAGGAAAUCACAUCCACAUUCACUUUUACAACCAGAGACAGAACACCAGAAUGGAGACUCUUCUGAACCUGAGACUGAUGAUAGUGCUGAUUGGAAGGAGACCAGAGAACCUCAGUCAGCUCUAAAACAUGAUUCAACAUGCAAGAAACGAUUCAGCUGCACUGAGUGUGGGAGAAGAUUUGGAACAAAGCAACACCUAGAGAGACACAUGAUAACUCACACAGGAGAGAAGCCUUUUAGUUGUUCUGUGUGUGGUAAAGCUUUCUCUGAUAGUGGAACCCUGAAGAAACACAUGACAAUCCACACAGGAGAAAAACCUUUCAGCUGCUCAGUUUGUACGAAAUCCUUUACACAGAGUGGAAAUUUACAAAAACACAUGAGAAUCCACACAGGAGAAAAACCUUUUAGCUGCUCGGUGUGUGGUAGAGCUUUCACUUAUAGUGUAAACCUGAAGACCCACAUGCUGACUCAUUCUGGAGAAAAACCUUUCAGCUGCCCAGUCUGUAAGAAAUCUUUGACACAGAGUGGAGCUUUAAAGAUGCACAUGAGAAUCCACACAGGAGAAAAACCUUUCACCUGCUCAGUUUGUAAGAGAAGAUUUGCCCAGCGGUCUAAUUUCAAAAAACAUAAAUGUGUUGGUCAGAUGGUAACAGAAGCUGAUGGAGAGGACUGUGGAGGACCAGAACCAGCCAGUAACUCACAUCCACUUUUACAAGCAGAAACUGAAGACCAGACUGGAGACUCUUCUGAGCCUGACACUGGUGACAUGGAAUAAUGUUUGUGCCUUUAAGUCCAAGCAAAACUUCUGAAGUAUCAAACAAAAAUCUUUAUGUAUCAACAUCUAGAUAGAAGACAUUAUAUUGUGUGUUAGGAAAAGUACACUCUUAUUUUAAAUAUUUUAUUAGAUUUUGUUUUGUAGUAUCUCAUAUAAUCAAUUAUAAUCAAGAAAUCAGACAAAUGUAACCAGCCGAUAUUUUAUAGGGCCCACACAUAUGCCUAGCAAGGUGUUUCCUGUCAGGGAGCGGAGGAGUUUUCUCUUUGAAGCAACGCUGAGAUGGACAUAUGAUGAUCUCUAUAAAACUAUAAAUACUCACUUGUGCACUGCUAUGGUCCAAGGUAAUAUGAUCAGUGACACCAACAUGAUUAAGGUCUUUUGACAUGUAUAGUGUCUCCUAUGCCACUAAUUAGGCCAUGGUAAAGCUAAUAAAGUAAAGAAAUAUAAUAGUUUGAUAUGACCGGUGUGGUACACCAGGACAUGCUGAGUACCCUCCAGGAUGAAACAAAGUGAAAUCAUUUGAAGUAAACCAUCUGUUGACUAGCAUGUACCUUAGUACUUAUUGUCUGGGUCACAACGACCUAGGUGUACUUCAGAAAAGGAAGAUGAGAAGACUAUUAGAAGUAAAAAUAUCACCAGUUCAGGUCCAUCUAAAGAUGUACCGACCAUAAGGUAACUUUGGGCAUGAAUGUGUCCAACUGACACCGCCCAAAACGCUCUAUGAGAAGAGAGUCAUAUGAAACUUAGAUUUAGUUGUCUAUUCGACUAUCGCCGGUGGUCAGUUGAUGUGUCCGAGGCAGCUCGGUUUGUUUCUUAAAAUGUAACAAAUAAAUCUGCAUAGAGUGAAUAUCAA